AUGUCGCGAAAGGAAGUUGGCAAGGAUAAUCCUCUCGAAGACUCCAUGCCAAUAAACUCUCUGCUGGCUCCGGGAAUACUGAAUACUCCCAACCUGGCGAAGAUAAAGAUCCCGAAUAUGACGGCCUUCGAUGGAACGUCCUGCCCAGAGGAACACUUGAUGGCCUACAAGAACUUGAUGCUGCUAUACACCACCAACCCAGCAUUGUGGUGCAAAUUUUUCCCAACUACGCUCAUAGGAGUAGCCUUGACGUGGUAUACCUCCCUUCCAGGAGGAAGUAUCCACAGUUUUUUCCAAUUAGAAGGCAAAUUUCUGGGUCACUUUGUAGCAUCUAGAAGGCAGGAGAAAUCGAACUUCCACUUGCUUAGCAUAAUCCAAUUGGAAGGGGAAUCCAUAUCGUCAUAUUUGAAGAAGUUCCACGAAGCAGUGCUGGAAGUAACUGACUUGGAAGAAUCGGUCGCAUUAAACGCCCUGAUCAACGGAAUGAAGGCUCAAAGGCUGAAGUUCCAUUUGGUCGAGAGUCAAAAAAGAAGGAUUCAAUAUCCUCCAAUCAUUCCUCAAGGAACAGAGAGGAACAUUCAUCAAGGAGGGAUAGAAACUACUUGCCGCGUCGUCCGGAACCCCCAUCAGACAUGGGACCUCUACGAUCCAGACAUGUAUAUGCCAUGGAAGGAGAAGCUAGAACAUGGAACUUACUCGACGGAGGCAAUGAUCCAAUGUUCAACCGGAACAGGAAAGACAUAUUCUUCGCCAUCCGGGACGAGUUGCCGACCCCCUACUACAACUCUCUCUGAUCGCCGCAACUACAAUUUAUGGUGUGAUUACCACAAAGAACAUGGCCACACCUUGGCCCAAUAUCGCGAACUCAAACCUAUCCUGCAUCAGUUGGCCGACGAGGGGAAGCUGUCGAGGUUCAUCAACCGAAAGGACUAUGACACAAGAGGCGAAGUGGAAAGGAGGCUUUGGAACCAAAAACGCAGAUCCCCCAAAAGAGACGAGGCUAGGCGCGAAAGUUCCAACAAGCAAGGAACUAUUAACAUGAUUUUCGGAGGUUACACCGAGGAAUAA